AUGGCAAACCUGAUAGAUAGUGAGGCCCGCUUCCAAUCCAGGGCACUGGAGGUGGGAAUGUCUGACGGAGUCCGACAGGCUCUUCGAGAUGGUGGCAUUCGGACCAUGAGCCAUCUGGCAUUUGCAAUCGGCCAACCAAACCAGCCACUUACAAACGACGAAGUAGGAGCUUUUUUGAGAACCCUCCUAGCGAGGGAGGCGACCUUGCAGGAAGUUGCAUUGAUCAAGAGGAUCACGUUCGAAGCUCAGACUUACCUAGUCGCUUUUUCACGCCAAGGAGUAGAGCAGCAAGAUGACACACUACCAAAGAAGAUUCCUUUUUUUGCCGAGAGGCAAACACGCAUGGAUGCUUUGAAGACCCGCCUGACGGGUGUAGCCAUUAAGGGUGAACUUGAGCCUGCCCAUGUUGUUUUGGAGCGAGCUUGUCAGAUGUAUGACCAACACAUCAUAAAGUAUUUGGAGCCUUCUGUUUGCAUUAGUCGCACCUAUGAGAUCCAAGGAAGCAAACAAACGAGAGAGUUAGCCUUUGAGAAAGGCACAAUUGUUUUGAAGAACCAGGAUGAGAAGCUUAGCACCGUGACAGACAGCGAGUUGAAACUCCACUUUGCUUUCACUCGCCGUGCAAUCGCUUUGGAGUUCGCCAGGGUCAUGAGUUUUGAUCAGCGCAAUGAGUGGGAGACCUUUUUAGUAGAAGCACUGCAUCGUGAGAGUCCUCCGGGAUACAACAAGCCCUCUCUGGCCCAGGUUAUUCAAUGUGACAGAGCAGCCUGGGCGAGACUUGCAAGCACCGUGAACUCUGUCAAGCAAUUGAUUGACGGUAGGUAUCCUGCGGGCGAGGCCCUUUUGGCCCUUCGAGCUGACCCGAACAUCACGCUCUACCUGGCACGAGAAUUCCCAAAGCCAGGACCUUAUGGUCAUCAGUUCGAAAAAGGCAAAGGAAAGAAAGGUAAAGAGAAAGGUAAAGGAAAAGGGAAAGGCGGUGCUCCGCCAAUGCCUCGUCAGCUGAUCGGCAAGUGGCACAAAACGCCACAGGGUGAACCUUUGUGCUUUGCAUACAACACAGUCGAUGGAUGCCCAAAUUCAACUACAGUGAAGCCUGGGGAACGAUGCGCCCGUGGAUGGCAUUUGUGCAUGGAACCCAAGUGUCAGGCAAAGCGCAGCCUCACUGAGCACAAACAGUGA